AAAAAUUCGUGUUCCAAAGUGUACCCAAAAUAAAGCCGGCCCACUAUUCACUGCAGAAAAGAGAACCACAGCCCAGAGUUGGAGCAUUAUGAGAACACAUAUUUAAAGAAUCGGUGGAACAUUUCUAGGGUUCUCUCUAGACGAUUCACAGAGGCGAUUCACAGUGUACCCUUUUGUGUCUGAAGCUUUCCGAGACCUAGGGUUGAAAUCGACACCAUUGAACGAAAUACAAAGCUUCCCGAGAUUGUCUUGUUCUCACCGAUCUGAAGAGAAACUUCCCGUGUGACCUCUGCGUUUUCCGGCGAACCCAAGCUUCGCCGCUGCUCUCUGCACUCUCGGAUUCACAGGCGAUUCUCGGUCUAUUUACGUUCAUCGUCGACACCAAAUGGAUAUCAAUGCUGACAAUGUGGUGGGAGAAGAAAUAGAGGACCUUAUAGGCAAUACCGAUGAUGGAAAACUAGUAUGGGAUGAUUCUCAUAUUGAAGCUUUCAUCAUCUGUAUGGAGGAAGAAGUGAAGGCUGGUAAUCGGAAUAACGCAACUUUUAGUCCAAAUGGUUGGAAGAAUAUACGAAAAGGCAUGAUGGUCCGUACAGGCAGGAACUAUGUACCGAAACAACUUAAGAGCAAAUUCAACCACAUGAGGGUAGACUACAAAGCCUUUGUGAGUUUGUUAGGAGAAACAGGCGUGGGAUACAAUGCUGAGACGGGCAUGAUUAUAGUUGAAAAUGAAAGAUGGACUAGAUUGAUCAAGGUGAAUGCCCAAUAUGAUAAGUAUCGAAAGAAGCCAUGCAAUCAUUUUGACAAGCUCUCCACCAUAUUUGGAGGCACAUACGCUACAGGGGCCUUCAUCUUUGCAACUUCUUUUCCAUCACUGAUCGCCCGUUGUUCAAGUGAACUAGUACAUGUUUUGAUUGUAAUGCUAAGAAGCCUAAGACUGUGAUUAUGGAAAAUGAAGUUCAACGGUCCAUAUCUUUACGGGCAAAUCGUAGGACAGACCGUUGUUUUCAACAACAACAAACUAAAGAUCCUGAAGGUAGUUUCUUUUCUCCUGUGAGGUUUUCUCAAGAUUAUCCAAUAAAGCUUGUUUGGAAAAGGGGAUUUAUUCGUUUGGUUCUUGUCGGUGGCAUUAUAUGGAUGUUACUCAUUCUCAGUGUACUAUUAUUUCAUGUUUGGUCUUGCCAAUCUUCACUGACUUUCCUUUCAGCUAUUUGUAACAAAGAUAGCAAGGUAAUUGAUGUGUUAAACAACAUGGGAUUUGGACUAAAACCACCACAUCGCUGUCCUAUUCCCGUUGCCGAUGACCCAGACAAAGUAGCUAUUCCGAAGAGAAGAUCGCUGGACAAAAUUGUUAAAACUUUAUCGUAUGCUAUGGAGGAUGAGCUAGCAACUAAUGGAUCUCAGUCAUCUCCACUAUUUGGAGGGCAUCAAAGCUGGUCGCAGAGAGAUGAUAGUUUUAAACUUAAGUCGGCGAUGAUGGUGCACUGUGGUUUUAUGCGAAAUGGUGGUGCAGAAAUGGCUCCAAAAGACAUUGAAUAUGCCAAGAAGUGUAGAUUUGUGGUUGCAUCAGGCAUUUUUGAUGGAUAUGAUACACCUCAUCAGCCAUUGGAUUUAAGCCCCCGUUCUAAAAAGCUUUUUUGCUUUCUUAUGGUGGUGGAUGAAAGUUCUCUUGACUUCAUAAGUAAGAAUGUUACUGUCAGGCAGGACCGUGAUGGGGGACAAUGGGUGGGCAUUUGGCGGCUUAUUCUUCUGAAGUAUCCACCGUAUGAUGAACCCAGAAGAAACGGAAAGGUUCCAAAGAUAUUAACCCACAGGUUAUUUCCUCAAGCACAGUACAGCAUCUGGAUUGAUGGUAAAAUGGAGCUUAUAGUUGAUCCAUUGCUUAUUCUGGAAAGGUAUUUAUGGCGUGGAAAGCACACAUUUGCCAUUGCUCAGCACAAGCACCAUCGGAAUAUCUAUGAGGAGGCUGAUGCAAAUAAACGGAGGAAGCGAUAUGCUCGACCUCUUAUUGAUCUUCACAUGAAAAUAUACCGUUAUGAAGGACUGGAACCAUGGAGUCCAAAGAAAAAAACCAUCAGUGAUGUUCCAGAAGGAGCCAUCAUCAUACGUGAGCAUACAGCGAUGAAUAAUUUGUUUAGUUGCUUGUGGUUCAAUGAGGUCGACCUCUUCACACCAAGAGAUCAGCUGAGCUUUGGAUAUGUUGUGUACAGGUUAGGAGGUGCGUUCAAAUUCUUUAUGUUUGAUAACUGCGAGUAUAACUCGCUGUUUGUGUUGCACCCACAUACACGCGAGCACUCUUCUGUUAUAGAGUGGGUGAAAGAUUUAAAUGAGUUCAAGAACAAUAGUACUUUGAAAGAGAGUAGGGGAGGAUUAGGCUUGUGGACUCCUUAUCCUGGAAAUCUUAAUUCAGUUGCUUUACCACCUGUAUCAAGAACAUCAAAAGCAGGAUGAGUUUUUCUUUACUCCAAAUUUUUUUUGGUGUCAAUUUCGGAAUUUUUUUUUGUUGUCGGAAAAUUUAUACAUUUUUCCUUGUUUCAAGGGGAAAAUCAUUAAGGCCUUGUAGAAAGUCUUUGUUCAAUAUUUUGAAGAAGUUGAAGUAGGUUAUGCAUAAUUGCAACUGUAUGUUCCUGCUUACCAUCUUCUCUAAUUGUUGGUUUAGAACUUUUCAUAAUGUGUUUGGAUGUAAUACAUACAAAUAAAUGUAGACACGUGUAUAUGUUUAUGCAUGGAACGUAUUUAACUUCAUAUAA